AGGGAGCAGCCCGUCCGGGUCUCCGCCUGUCGAUCACCGGGCGGGGGGGCGUGCCCGGCCGGCCGGCCGGCCAAUGGGCUGUGUGUGUGGCGGCGUCUCCAUGGUGACGGGGCUGUUCCCGGGGAGGCUGUGAUGGGUUGACAGGUGCGUGACAGUCGGAGCUCUCUGCAGGCAUGUACGGCAAAGGCAAGAGCAACAGCAGCGUCCCGUCCGACAGCCAGGCCAGGGAGAAAUUAGCACUGUAUGUAUAUGAAUAUCUGCUCCAUGUAGGAGCACAGAAAUCAGCCCAGACGUUUUUAUCAGAGAUAAGAUGGGAAAAAAAUAUCACACUGGGGGAGCCCCCAGGAUUCUUGCAUUCCUGGUGGUGUGUAUUUUGGGAUCUCUACUGUGCUGCUCCAGAAAGACGAGAAACAUGUGAACAUUCAAGUGAAGCAAAAGCCUUUCAUGACUAUAGUGCUGCAGCAGCUCCCAGUCCAGUGCUAGGAAACAUUCCCCCAGGAGAUGGCAUGCCAGUAGGUCCUGUACCACCGGGGUUUUUUCAGCCUUUCAUGUCCCCUCGGUACCCUGGAGGUCCAAGGCCACCUUUAAGAAUACCCAAUCAGGCACUUGGAGGUGUCCCAGGAAGUCAGCCAUUAUUGCCUAGCGGGAUGGACCCAACACGGCAGCAAGGGCAUCCAAACAUGGGUGGGCCAAUGCAGAGAAUGACUCCUCCAAGGGGAAUGGUUCCGUUAGGACCACAGUCUGACCCUUGGUUAUCAUUGCAGAACUAUGGAGGUGCAAUGAGACCCCCACUGAAUGCUUUAGGUGGCCCGGGGAUGCCUGGAAUGAACAUGGGUCCUGGGGGUGGUAGACCUUGGCCAAACCCAACCAAUGCCAAUUCUAUACCUUAUUCUUCAGCAUCUCCUGGGAACUAUGUAGGUCCUCCAGGAGGUGGAGGGCCACCAGGAACACCUAUCAUGCCUAGUCCUGCAGAUUCAACCAACUCUGGAGACAACAUGUACACUUUAAUGAAUGCAGUACCACCUGGACCCAACAGACCUAAUUUUCCAAUGGGGCCAGGGUCAGACGGACCUAUGAGUGGACUGGGUGGAAUGGAUUCACAUCAUAUGAAUGGAUCAUUAGGCUCAGGAGACAUGGACAGUAUUUCCAAAAACUCUCCGAGUAAUAUGAGCAUGAGUAAUCAGCCUGGCACUCCCAGGGAUGACAGUGAGAUGGGUGGAAACUUCUUAAACCCUUUUCAGAGCGAGAGCUACUCCCCUAGCAUGACAAUGAGUGUGUGAUCCGUUAACAAGUCUCGCCAUGAAGACCACAGUGAGUUGGCCCUCUUCAGAGAGCUACUGCAGAAGAAAAUUAUUCGUCCCAGUGUACAGUUUAACAAAAGGAUCUCAGACACAAUCAGACCCACCUUUUUUUUUCUACCAUCUCCCCCGUUUUGUCAAGAAAGUGGGUCCCAAACAUGAUUGAGACAACUGUAAAGAGUGGCGUAACAGAACUGCCCAAGAUGGAACUGCAAACAAUUAUCUGUGUAUGUACAUGUGUGGGUUAAUGUAUAUGUAUGUGUGUGUGAUAAAGAAAUACACACAUACAUAUAUAGAACCACAGGACAUUGUAAAAUAUUAUCCCAUGACAUCUUAAGUAGAAAUGAGAAGUAGGGACUUUUAUUCCAUCUUUUUUUUUUUUUCCUUCACGUUUACAUUUUAAUUAUUAAAAUUUGCUUUCCCUCUCCCCUCCUGAACUGUUUUAUGUUGCUUAUAUCACUGCUUUAUAAGUUAUUUUUUAAGGUGAACUCAAAUGAUAAAUUCUUCUGAUUUUGUAAAUGUCUGCCAUUAUGGAUAGGAAUAAAAUUGCUUAUAAGA